AUUCACGAUGCGCAGCAACUCGUGAAUAUUUUGAAAAGUUAAAACAAGAAUCAGAACAAAAUCAUACAAAUCCACAUAAUAUAUUAACUCAAGUAAACAUUGGUGUACCAGAUGAGGUACGUGUUCAAUUACCAACGAAUAACAGUUUAAAACGAAAUGUUCGUCGUUGGCGUCAAGUAACUACUACUGAACCAACGCCAACAGCCAUUGAUUUUCCAGUUAUUCCAACAAAAUAUCAUCAAACAACUCGUAAUACUAUCUUUUUUUCGGAAAGGUACAGGUCCAGGUUUGAACAGAAUGUUAUUGUUUUUGCACUUCAUAUUCCUCUUAUUUAUGCUAUGCGGCCAACUGUCCGUGCGACCAACUGUCCGGCGACCAACUGUCCUGCGACCAACUGUCCUAAAGCCAUAUUGCCAUCAGACAAUUUAGUGAAUAAUAAAUGA